CAGGUCAGUAUUUAAGCGUCCAGCUUCGAUCCUGGGUCAUCAGUUCACUCGAGAACGACACUAACACACCAUCAUGUUCAAGCUGAUUGUUUCCUUCACCGUGCUGGCCGUGGCAGCCGCCAAGCCUGGAAUCCACUCGGUGGCAUACCCCGCGGUUGCUGCUGCCUACACCGCGCCGGUAGCUGCCGCCUACCCGUAUGCUGCUGCCUACACCGCCGCCUACACAGCGCCAGUGGCAGCCGCCUACACCGCUCCAGUAGCAGCAGCUUACACCGCCCCGGUGGCAGCAGCCUACACUGCACCAGUAGCCUACAGCAGCCCAGUGGCCACGUCAUACUCGUCUAGAGUGGACACGUACGGCUCAGCUCCCAUCGUGGCAGCGGCAUACACGGCCCCAGUCGCUGCUUACACCGCCCCCGUCUUGCUGAAGAAGUGAAUUAUGAACGACUGAUUACGAAAACUGAUGAUAUUAGUUACGUAAGAAAUAAAUGACGCUUUGCACACA